CCUAGUACCUUGUCUGCAGUCUCCAUCCUGUUCAAACUCCCCCUCCACCCCUGCCUGCAACCAAUCCACACAACAAUGGCGAAACUCAAUUGCAUAACCCGCGCAUCAUCCAUCAUCUCCUUCCUCCCCCGUCCCAGACCCACACCCAUCUUCUCCUUCCUCCCCCGACCCUGCAACCCCUUCACACCCCAAUCUUUACACUCUUAUUCCACCACCAAAACCCCUUUCCCCCUUCAAUACGAACUAAUAAUCUCCCGCCCAUCUGACCCACCACCCCACCCCCACCGCCGCCGUCCACCACCCCCAAACUCCACCCCAAAAGACCCCCAAUUAAACUUCGACGACUGGGUCGAUAUGAAAUUAACCUCACCAAGUCAAGAUCAAAGUCAACCCAUAUUGUCAAACAAUGAGAUGGACAAGUCAAAGAGGAAGUAUUACAACAAGAGGCAGAAGAGAAUGUACGGUUCAGAUUCAGAGGAUGAUGAUGGUAAGCAUGAGAAUAAUAAGUAUGUUAAGUUAAAUCAAGAAGUUGUAAAGCUUAAAACUUUGCAUAAAAGAGAGGAAGAGUUGUAUUUCUAUGAUGCUUUUGCAUACCCUUGGGAAAAAGAUAAACAUUAUAAGAUGGUCUAUCAGUUGGAGAAGAAGUUUUUUCCUGAUCAGUGUUUUGAUAAGGCCUUUCUUGAACCAGGUCAAUCCAAUGCCAAUGCGGGUUCGGGUUCAGGUGCGGAGGGGAUUAAGAAGAAGAAGAAGAAGGUGGUUGAGGAUGAAGGUGUUGUUGAGAAGAAGGAUGAGAAGGGGUUGGUGUUUUUUGAGGAGGCUGAAGAUGUGAAAAUGGAUGUUACUGAGAAGAAAGUUGAGGAGUUUUUUAAGUGUUUGAAGAAAGUGCCGAACGAGGUUGAUGAGACGGUGCCGUUUGUUUCGGGUAGGAGUUCGGGGCUUCCUCCGAAAUGGGAUGGGCCUACUGGAGCUGUUCUUUUGGUUAACAAACCUAAAGGAUGGACCUCAUUUACGGUUUGUGGGAAGUUGCGCCGCCUGGUCAAUGUAAAGAAGGUUGGGCAUGCAGGGACUCUUGAUCCUAUGGCAACUGGAUUGCUUAUUGUAUGUAUUGGCAAAGCAACAAAGAUGGUUGAUAAAUUUCAGGGUAUGGUUAAAGGUUAUAGCGGGGUCCUUCGGUUAGGGGAAGCUACGUCAACGCUCGAUGCUGAUUCACCGGUAAUACAACGAGAGCCAUGGGAGCACAUUAAGGAUGAUGACAUAAAGAAAACUGCUGCAUCAUUAACUGGGGAAAUAUGGCAAGUACCUCCAAUGUUCUCCGCCAUUAAAGUUGGAGGUGAAAGGCUGUAUGAGAAAGCAAGGAGAGGAGAAAAUAUUGAACUUUCACCAAGACGGAUAUCAAUAUUUGAGUUUCACGUUGAGCGAAGUCUUGAAGACAGACAAAAUGUGAUUUUCAGGGUGACAUGCUCAAAAGGGACAUACAUCCGAUCCUUAUGUGCAGAUUUUGCCAAGGCUCUUAACAGUUGUGCUCAUAUGACUGCUUUACGACGAGAUUCCAUUGGGGACUACUCGGUUGAUGAUGCAUGGGAAUUCAAGGAGUUGGAAGAAGAAAUACCUAAAAGCUAUAUGUAGAUUAUGCAUGUGGAAACAUUUUCUUUUAGUUAUGGAAUUGAAUGGUGACUGGAUCUCCACCCCAUGCUGUAUGUAUUUUCAAUUUUCAUGUUGGGGGAGACUAAUGAAGUUGAGAUGAUCGUUAGUUCAACGAGUGCAGUUUAAACUUAGGAUUUGUUUCUGUAAUAGUUGUUUGUAGUUUCUACCGAUUGUUAGAAUCUAAAGGGGUUUAUUGUUCGUUCAGUUUCUUAUACAAGUGUUUAUACGAUUGGUAUUUAGAAAGUAAUCCAACUCAUUUUGAUGGCU